AUGGGGCCUAAAACCAGUGCCACCCCCAUCGAGAGGGUGUUCGGGGCUAUGACCCUUCAGGAGACUCUCUCCACCGAUGAUUACCACCCGCGCCCGGGGUACGGUAAGGUCGGCAAGGUCAUCCGCGUCGAGGCCAACAUGUUCCAGGCGAGGUUCAAGAACCAGGGUACUACCGUCCAGCACUACGACAUUGAGAUCAACCCCGUCGUCAAGGCUACCAACCAGAAGAAGCCCAAGACCCUCCUCUGGGCGGUCUGGAAGCAGCUCUGCGAGGAGGCUACCGGUCCCUUCAAGGCUGCUCUUGACGCCGCUGCGUUCGACACGGUCAAGAACAUCUACACCCCGAACAAGAUUCCCCUCGAGAACGGCAGGAAGGAAGUCAUCGUCUCGCUCAAGGAGGACGGCAAGGAUGCCGAGGACGACAAGCGUCGUUUCAAGGUCCAGAUCCAGCACGCCCAAGAGAUUGACCUCGACACCAUCAUGGAUUUCUGUAAGAAGAACAAGCAGACCGAGGCUGCCAAGGAGAUCAUGCUCGUCGCUAUCCAGGCGAUGAACGUACUCUUCCGUCAGCGCGCCAACGACCAGUUCAAGGCCGUCGGUGCUCAAGGCAGGCGAUACUUUGGUACCGCCAACUCGGUCCCGCUUCCCAACGGAGGUGUGGUCUACUCUGGAUUCAUGCAGUCCUUCCGAUGGACUGAGUCUGGAUACCCCGCCAUGCAGCUCGACACUGCGUACUCUGCGUUCCUCCGUCCCGGCCGUCUCGACGAGGUCAUCAUGGACGUUCUCGGCAUGGGCGGUGGCGGUGGUGGCCGUGGCCGAGGUGGCUUCGACCGAGGUGGACCCCGCGGCGGUCGUGGCGGUCCCGGUGGACCUCCCGGCGGUGGCGCUCCCCAGUCGCUCGACCCGCGAUCCAUCAAGAGGCUCAACGAUGUUCUCCGGAUGGCCAAGUUCACCGUCACCCACCGCAAGACCUCGCGCGUCUUCACCAUGCGUGGUCUUACCGUCCAGGCUGCCGCCGACCUCAAGUUCUUGCUCACCGGCCGUGAUGGCGCUCAGGACCGCAUGGUCUCCAUCGUUGACUACUACAAGGAGAUGUACAACGUCCAGGUCACCAAGCCUCGUCUCCCUUGUGUCGCCUACGGACAGAGGAACUACGUCCCGCUCGAAUUCGUCCGUCUCGAGGAGUUCAACAGCAUUCCCAUGAUGCGUCUUACCGCUGACCAGACGGCCGAGAUGAUCAAGGUCGCCGCGAAGCCCCCUCCCCAGCGUGCCCAGAUGAUCCGCGACUGGCGUCAAACCCUCGACUACUCCAACCUCCCCAAGGUCCGCGCCUGGGGUGUUGAAGUCAACGCCAACAUGAUGCAGCUCAACGCUCGCGUUCUUCAGCCCCCUGCGGUUCAGUACGGUGCUGGCAAGUCCCAGCGCCCCAACUUUGGUUCGUGGAACCUGAGGGACACCAAGUUCUGUAAGGCCGGCAAGCCGCUCAAGUCCUGGUCGGUCCUCAGUUACGAUGACCGGGCCGACCCGCAAAUGAUCCAGGGCUUUGUCGGCAAGCUUGUCCAGGUCCUCCGCAAGUCCAACUGCCCCGUCGAGAACGAGCGUCCCGCUAUCGUCUCGCACAAUCCAAACGCCGGCGGACCCUUCGGCGGCAUCAAGGCCGGUCUGCAGGACGCCGCCAGGGCGGCUUACAUGCAGUCCAAGGCCAAUCCGCAGAUGAUUCUUAUUCUGCUUCCGCGCAAGGAGCUUCCCCUUUACCAGGAGAUCAAGCGAUGCGCCGCUCAGGAUCUGAAGCUUCCUCUGGUCACUCAGUGUCUGCAGACACAGAAAUGUCGUCCUGACAACCGUGGACUCGAACAGUACCUCGGGAACGUGUCCAUGAAGAUACACAGCAAGAUGGGUGGGCUCACGCACGUUGUGCCCGUUAGCUCUGCGCUCGACAAGACCACAAUGAUGGUCGGAGCAGAUGUCACCCACCCUCCUCCUCGCGGUGGACCCAUCCCACCCAGUAUCGCAGUUACUGUUUCUGCCAUCGACGGCGAGAACGCCCAAUUCGUCCCGUCCAUCCGCCUUCAGGAAGGCCGAGUCGAAAUCAUUUCCGACCUUGCCGGAAUGAUGAAGACCCACAUCGAGCUGUUCCAGAAGAACACCGGCAGCAAGCCGGCUAAGAUCAUCAUGUUCCGCGAUGGUGUCUCCGAGGGCCAGUAUGGGCACUGCGCAGAGAUCGAGUUCAACGCUAUGCUUCAGGCCGCUCGAGACAUCGACCCCAAGUACAGGCCCAAGAUCACUUUUGUCGUCUGCGCCAAGCGUCACAACAUGCGCUUCUUCGGUCUCAACCAGGGCGACCUCGACCGAACCGGCAACUUGCCCGCCGGUACCGUUGUCGACACCACCAUCACCCACCCCUUCGCAUUCGACUUCUUCCUCCAGGCUCACGCUGGUCUGCAGGGAACUGCCCGUCCUACCCACUACAUCGUCGUCAAGGACGAAAUUGGCUUCGACGCCGACAAGAUGCAGGGUCUCUGUAACGCCCUGUGCUACUCGUACGCCCGGGCUACUCGAUCCGUCUCGAUUGUCCCCGUCGCGUACUACGCCGACAUCAUCGCGACCAAGUGCCGUGACCUCGUCUACAACGAUGACUCAUCCGAUGGCGGUGCUGGUUCCGUCUCGGAUAUGGCUUCGGGCCGCAAGGAAACUCAGGCGUUCGACUCGCUCGCUCUCAAGAAGAGGAUCGAGGAUGCCACCGAGUACAACUCCGUUGCCUGGUACAUGUAA